CGGCGCGCUCAGCUCUCCACCGCCCGAGCGCGCGCCGGGCCGUGGCGGCCGGCCUGCUGCGUGCGUGCGUGCGUCUCUGCGUGCGUGCGUGCGUGCGUGCCGUGCGCUCGCUGGGCACCGCGGCCUCGCCCUCGCCCUCCGCCCCUGCGCCUGCACCGCGUAGGCCGACCCCCGGCGCGCACCCCGUAGGCGACCCCCGGCCGCGCCCCGGCUGGCCCCCCCAUUCCAAAUUUAAAGGGGGCGCAGCAUUCACGCCUCCCGCCCCAGGUGACCUCUCAGGGGUCUCCCCGCCCGAGGUGUUCCGCCGCCGAGGAACAUGGCGAAGGUGGAGCAGGUCCUGAGCCUCGAGCCGCAACACGAGCUCAAAUUCCGAGGUCCCUUCACCGACGUUGUCACCACCAACCUAAAGCUUGGCAACCCGACAGACCGAAAUGUGUGUUUUAAAGUGAAGACCACGGCACCACGUAGGUACUGCGUGAGGCCCAACAGUGGGAUCAUUGACGCAGGGGCCUCUAUUAAUGUAUCUGUGAUGUUACAGCCUUUCGAUUAUGAUCCCAAUGAGAAAAGUAAACACAAGUUUAUGGUUCAGUCUAUGUUUGCGCCAACUGACACUUCUGAUAUGGAAGCAGUAUGGAAGGAGGCAAAACCGGAAGACCUUAUGGAUUCAAAACUUAGAUGUGUGUUUGAAUUGCCAGCAGAAAAUGAUAAACCACAUGAUGUAGAAAUAAAUAAAAUUAUAUCCACAACUGCAUCAAAGACAGAAACACCAACAGUGUCUAAAGCUCUGAGUUCUUCUUUGGAUGACACUGAAGUUAAGAAGGUGAUGGAAGAAUGUAAGCGGCUGCAGAGUGAAGUUCAGAGGCUGCGGGAAGAGAACAAGCAGUUCAAGGAGGAAGAUGGACUUCGGAUGAGGAAGGCAGCGCAGAGCAACAGCCCCGUGCCCGCGUUAGCCGCGGCUGGGAAGGAGGAGGGCCUCAGCACCCGGCUACUCGCGCUGGUGGUUUUGUUCUUUAUCGUCGGUGUAAUCAUAGGGAAGAUCGCCUUGUAG